GGGGCGCGCCAUGGCCCGGGAGGCGGUGGCGUGGCCGCCUGAGGAGACUCUGUCGCUCUGGAAACGGGAGCAAGCCCGGCUGAAGGCCCUCGUCGUGGACCGGGACACGGAGGCGUGGCAGCGGGACGCCGCCUUCUCGGGGUUGCAGAGGGUCGGGGGCGUGGACGUGUCCUUUGUGAAGGGCGACAGCGUCAGCGCUUGUGCCUCCCUGGUGGUGCUCAGCUACCCCGAGCUCGAGGUGGUGUAUGAGGACUGCCGCAUGGUUAGCCUAACGGCGCCCUACGUGUCGGGCUUCCUGGCCUUCCGAGAGGUGCCCUUCCUGGUGGACGCAAUGCGGCGGCUGCAGGAGAAGGAGCCCCGCCUCGUGCCCCAGGUCCUCCUUGUGGAUGGAAAUGGGGUUCUCCACCACCGAGGCUUCGGAGUGGCCUGCCACCUUGGCGUCCUCACAGACUUGCCCUGCGUUGGGGUAGCCAAGAAACUCCUACAGGUGGACGGGCUAGAGAACGACGCCCAGCACAAGGAGAAGAUACGACUUCUGCGGGCUGGAGGAGAUUCAUUUCCUCUGAUAGGAGGCUCUGGGACUGUCCUGGGCAUGGUUUUGAAGAGCCACGAGCACAGCAGCAAGCCCCUCUACGUCUCUGUGGGCCACAAGAUAAGCCUGGAGGCCGCCGUGCGCCUCACUCGAGGCUGCUGCAGGUUCCGGAUCCCAGAGCCCGUGCGCCAGGCUGACAUCCGCUCUCGGGACUACAUCCGCAGGACCCUGGGAGUCCCCGGGCCCCCCGCACCAGGGCAGGAGAGGAGCCAGAAGGUGCAGAGGCCAAAGGUGUGCCCUCAGGAAGGUUCGGAAGAGCCGGAAGGUGAGGGCAGGCCCCCCCGAGGCCCACAGCUGAGGCCCCAAGACAAUGGAAAGGCCAGCAGUGGCAGUGGGGAGUUGAGCUGGACAUGGCAAAGAGCUCAGGCUGCCUGACUUCCCGCCCCUGCCUGGAGUAGUGACUGGGGGCACGGUCCCCCCAGUAACAGGUAGAGCGCCCAGGCCCCAGCACACGGCGGCCGCACCACCCACGGGGACGGCAGCAGGCUUGGCCCCGCUGGGAUGGGCCCGGGCAGCGGCCCCUCCUGCUCCGAGGUCUCGGUCACGAGGCUGUCAAGAGCUCCGCACGAGACAGAUCUCACACCACAGAGCAUCAGCCCCAGAAGGAGCCUGACGUUGCUUUCCCAGGAGCACGGGAAGGGUAUUUAAGGUUCAUGGGGAUUUUCUGAUGUGUUUUGUUUUUUUCUAAAAGUGCCCAGGUGGGCUUAAGACUACCAGA